AUGGUUCUCACCUUGAUGUCUUCCAGUCGUCUUCAGUCUGUAGCAGACCAGUCGCAAAGUGCCUACUUCCUGCCUGAGUUUGCACUGUCUCCCCAGGGCAGCUUUCAGGAAGACAGCACAGGAGAGCAGUUUCUCACCUACCGUUAUGAUGAUCAGGCCUCCAGGACCACGCGAUCAGAUGAGGACAAAGACAUUGGAUGGGAUGCCUGGGGGACGUGGAGCGACUGCUCGCGUACCUGCGGGGGCGGGGCUUCUUAUUCUCUGCGCAGAUGUCUCAAUGGAGCGAAUUGUGAAGGACGAAAUAUUCGCUACAGAACGUGCAGUAAUAUGGAAUGCCCUGUGGAGUCAGGUGACUUCAGAGCCCAACAGUGCUCUGCCCAUAAUGACAUCAAAUACCAAGGUCAAACAUACGAGUGGAUCCCAGUGACCUAUGACUCCAUCUCACCUUGUGCUCUGAGAUGCCAGGCCCGGGGUAAAAACUUGGUGGUGGAACUGGCACCCAAAGUGUUGGAUGGUACACGGUGUAAAGCUGAUUCUCUGGACAUGUGCAUCAAUGGCAUCUGUCAGGAGGUGGGUUGCGACAGGCAGCUGGGGAGCAACGCUAAGGAGGACAACUGUGGUGUGUGCGCAGGAGACGGCUCAACCUGUCGGCUGGUCCGAGGGCAAGCGCUGCCCCACGUCUCGCCACAGGAACCUGUGAAGACUGUCAUUGAAGUCCCGCUGGGCAGCCGUGGACUAAGAGUUACAGCUAAAGGUCCUGAUUUGAUGGUUAUUGAGGCCCAUUGGCUCCAUGGCACCAGAGAGGAGCAUGCGUUCAGCCUGCCUGGCUCUUACACAGUGGGCAACACUACAGUGGAGUACCAGAGAGGCUCAGACAGACAAACCCUCCGCAGCCCCGGGCCCUUGGCAGCAGACUUCACUAUUAAGGUGAAGUAUGCAGCCCCUAAAGAGACAGUGAUGCAGUUCAUGUUCUACCAGCCCAUUCGCUACCAGUGGAGAGAGACAGACUUCUUCCCUUGUUCUGUCACCUGUGGAGGAGGGUAUCAGCUCAACUCAGCUGACUGCAUGGAUGUUCGCUAUAACAAAGUUGUUCCUGAACACCACUGCCACAGCUACCCAGAGAACACCAAACCCAAGCCCAAACUGAAGGAGUGCAAUAUGGAUCCAUGUCCUGAAAGCGAUGGCUUCAAAGAAGUGAUGCCAUAUGAUCAUUUCCAGCCACUGCCCCGCUGGGAACAGAACCCAUGGACGUCAUGUUCCGUGUCCUGUGGAGGAGGCAGUCAGGAGAGGAGUGUGGUUUGUGUGGAAGAGAAUGUUCAUGGUCAGAUCGCUCAGGUAGAGGAGUGGAAAUGUGCACAUUCUACCCGACCUGUCACUACGCAGAGCUGCAACACCUUUGACUGUCCAAACUGGGUGGCUAUGGAAUGGUCUCAGUGCACUGUUACCUGUGGCCGUGGCUUGCGUUACAGAGUGGUGCUGUGCAUUGAUCAUAGAGGGCAGCACACAGGCGGCUGUAAUGCAGCACUCAAACCUCAUGUUAAAGAGGACUGCCUGGUGCCUGUGGCAUGCUACAAACCUCGAGAGAGCCUCCCAGUGGAAGCCAAGCUGCCCUGGUUAAAACAAGCUCAGGAGCUAGAGGAAACCAAAGUGGCUUCAGAGGAACCCACGUUUAUUCCAGGUCCGUGGUCGGAAUGCAGUGUCUCUUGUGGUCUGGGCCUUCAGAGGAGAUGGGUGAAGUGCAGAGUGCUGCUGUCCUUUACACAAACAGAGGUGGACUUGCCCAGUGAGGAGUGUGGAGAAGAGAAGCCUCCCCUCCAAAGAGCCUGUGACCUGGGCCCCUGCCCCAGCCCCAGCUCUCCAGCUUCUCCGCAGAGGCCCCCGGGACCCACUGAUGCCUCUAACCUUCAGAGCUACUCAUGGGAGUACAGAGGCUUCACUACGUGCUCUGCAUCCUGUGCUUCAGGAAAGCAGAUGGCCAUUGUGCGGUGUGUGAGUGCAGGCAGACGGGAACUGGUGGAUGAAGCUCUCUGUGACCACUCCAGCCGACCACCUGCUAUGAUUCGCAUUUGCAGCCCCGAGCCAUGUCCUGUCAGGUGGGAGGUAACCCCAUGGACGCGUUGCUCGACAUCAUGUGGUGUUGGACUGCAGACACGCAGUGUGUGGUGUAUGCGGAUGCUGGCAGGGGAGCGUACAGAGCGGAUGAACAGUAGACAGUGUCAGGAGCCCAGGCCCCCAGAGGUACAGGCCUGUAACCAGGUCGAGUGUCCCCCUUCUUGGGAAGUGGAGGAAUGGCAACCGUGUUCUCACACAUGUGGCAGGGGAACGCAGUCGCGUAAAGUCUACUGUAAACAGCGGCUGGCCAGCGGCAGCUUCCGCAGGCUGAAAGACGAGUCCUGCGGUGGAGCCAAACCUGCGACCCACCGACCGUGUGCCAGCACCAAAUGUCUGCUGCCUCGCCUGGAAGGAGGAGAGUGGUCCAAGUGCUCGGUAACAUGCGGUAAAGGGGUCCAGCGGCGGGAGCCAGUGUGUCGGAGACUGACUGCCUCAGGUCAGUUAGUCACACUGGACAGAUCAGCGUGUAGUGGACUUCCCCCUCCUCCUCUCAUCAGGAGCUGCCGCAUGAGUCCCUGCAUCAGGCACAAAUAUUCCAAAAAGCGCUGUCCUAAAGUGCUUGGUCUCCACCGUAUUUACAUCCAGACUCGUCAGGAGAAAAGACUUAGCUUCACCAUUGGGGGACGUGCUUACCUGCUGCCCAAAACCUCUGUCACUAUCAAGUGUCCCGUGCGCCACUUCCACAAGUCACAAAUCCGUUGGGAGAAAGAUGGUCAUGAGUUGCACAACUCUGAUCGGCUAAGCAUCACUAAAUCUGGAGCUCUGCGUAUCUACAGUUUGGAGACUGGAGACAUUGGCCAGUAUCGCUGCUGGGCUCAACAAGACUCAGACACCUUCACUCUGAAACUGAUAGGCCAAAAUAACAGGCUGUUGGAACAUCCAGAGGGGAAAAGUUUAGUAGGGGAGAAAAUCACCAGUGCUCUCAGGACACAGUUGAAUAAGGAGAGGAGCAGUAUGGACCUUGGGUGUCAGGAGCAGGAUGCAUCUACUUUUGCGAAAGGGCUGGAUAAACCUGGGCCAAGUUGGACACAGAAGAAUGAGUUUUAUCUGGGCGAAGGCCAGGUUAGAAAAAGUGAUGAUCCUCUGGCUCUUAAUAAUCACCUUAUGGACUCCAGCACCCCAAGCUAUUCCUCACUGCUGCCUGACAGGUCACCAGGGCCAUCAGGGGUCACCAUCCACCCAGGGGCCUAUAGCCUGGAACCAGUGCAGUUUGAGGAGUUAGUGAGGAAUAUCAGUCAGUUGACAGAGAAUGGGGAAGUGGCAGAUGACUUAGCCUCACAUCUCAUUUCCAAAAUAAUGGAGGAGAUGUCAACUGCACAGGUACAGAAAGAGACCGUUCAAACAGGCAAACACCUGAACAAAGCACCCAACUCCUCAGAGCGUGGAGAUGAGGGCCCAAAGAGUCAUAGGAGAGCAAUUAUCACCCGCCAUAGACAGCAUGACACGUCCAUGACCUUCCAGAGAGACAUCAACAUUAGCAUUGGAAGGACAGUGUAUCUAACCAACGCCACUCGCAGCCUGACCCUGAUGUGUCCAGCCCAGGGCUUGCCAAAGCCCACCAUAACAUGGACCAAAGAUGGAGUGCCUGUUAAGCACACUGACAGGGUAUGGUGGGAUAGCUCUGGUGGACUGCACAUAUCUGGCCCUGGUGCAAAAGAUGUUGGGCUGUACAGGUGUAUAGCCACAAACAGUCUUGGGACCGACAGUGAAACGUCACAGCUGCUAUUGACAGAGCCUCCAACCAUUGCUGUAUCAUGGAAGAACACAUCUGACCUUCACAGCUGGACCCUAAAGGUUGUGAUCGGAGGCAAGGUCACCGCUCGUGUCGGUGCCAACCUCACCCUGCAAUGUCCCGUGACAGGUGUCCCACAGCCAAGGGUGAGCUGGCAUAAAAAGGAAGGCCCUCUGGGCAGUAAUGCUCAGCCACUUCUGGAUGGCUCCCUGCUGAUCCACAACCUCUCUCUCCUCAACUAUGGCACAUAUUCUUGCGUGGCUGCCAACCCCAUUGGAAAAUCUGUAGCUUCUAGCCUGCUUCGGGUUGUAGGGCCAACGCUUGUUGGGUCUGAGCGACAGUCCUCUUUUUCAAAGGACGUGAGCCGUAAACGAGUUGUAAUGGCAUCUCGGAUUGGAACCAGUGUGACUGUCAGACCAGGAGACAUCCUGCGAAUAGGGUGUCCGGUGCUCUCCAACCACAGGAAGGGGAUUAAGUGGUUCUACCAGAACCAGACACUGAGGCAGGCCCCUGGACUGCGCUACCGCAUGCUUGUUGGUGGACGUGUCCUGGAGGUGAACACGUUGGGUGGGAAGUUUGAAGGACGCUAUGGCUGCCACAUGCACUCCGAUGGCCAGCCCCUCGUCUCCUGGGUUCUUGUCCUCUCACAGGAAUAUGAAUGGCGUUUGGGGGAGUGGAGUGUGUGCAGUGCUUCAUGUGGGAACAGAGGUACUCAGAGCAGGAUCGUGCGCUGUCUCAGUCCAGAGGGUCAGGAGGCACCCCCGUCUUCCUGCCAUCACCUCCCCAGACCAGUCAGCAGCUCGCAGGCCUGCAACAUCCAGGACUGCCCUCCGAGCUGGCUGUCCACUGUAUGGUCCAAAUGCUCGUCCUCCUGUGGACACGGGUUCAGGCAGAGACGGGUUUCUUGCCAACAGGUGGAAGCUUCUGGAAGCCUGAGGGUACUGCCGAACGCUGCGUGUGGCCAUACGCCGCGGCCGGAGGACCAUGAGGAGUGCAGCUCACAGCUCUGCGCAGAGUGGAUAAGCAGUAGCUGGGGCCAGUGCAAUGGGCGAUGUCUUGGACCUGGCUUAGCAACACAGAGCAGAAGUGUGUCAUGUAGACAUCUGAAUGGCUCCAAUUCAAAGACCACAUGUGACCCCAAAGACAGGCCGGCUUCAGUUCGGAAUUGCUCGUCAGAGAUGUGCGAUGUACAGUGGAGGGUGUUGCCAUGGCGACCAUGCACAGCCGCCUGCGGCAGUGGCUUUCAGUCUCGCAGGGUGGAAUGUACCCAUCGGCGUAACAACAAGACGCUGCCUGACCAGCACUGUGCCUGGCAACGCCGACCGCGCACUUGGCAACACUGUAACAUCACUUCCUGUGGCAAUGAGUGUAAGGACACGACAUAUUACUGUAGGGCGGUGAAACGUCUCAAGCUUUGCCUCAUUGACCUGUACAGACAGCGGUGCUGCCAAUCCUGUUUGGAGGACCAGCUGAACACCAGCGCCAUCUAG